UGAUGGAAGCGAUCUUGGCUCACUUCAGCGCCGCAGAGUUGCGCGUCAAAUGCGUGACAGCAGUCUAUGUUGAGCUACAGCGUGCCGAAAAGCAGCUACAGCCUGCGCUGGACGCGCUUAAACACGCGAUUAGCGUAGUACAGACGUCCCGGAAGAUGUACACAGAUCCACUGGCUCUUGUGGAUGAGUCUCCCGACAUUUCUAAAGCUCUGGAGCUCCUUGUAGCUGCGUGCAACGAAAUCGGAGUGUUAAUCUGUGAGUUAAAUCGGCAAGUGAGUAGUGCAGGGAGCGAAGACAUGUCGCCUUCAGCCACAGAUGAUGAAGAAGAGAUGACAGCGGAACCUAAGAAGAAGAAAGAGACUGAGACGGUGGAGAGGAAGAAAGCAGCCAAGGAAACAGCAGAGAUACAUACCAAUAUACCUGAAUCUAUUACAAUUAUUGACCUUCUAUCGGACGAGGAGAAGGAGCAAAUCAAAAACGAGAAGAAUUCAAAGAGCGAGACUCAAGAGACCGUGGAACUACCGAUGCCACCGGUUCAUAAUGACGAUGCCACUGCGAUAGUGGAGCCGGUUGUAGAAGACGAGCAGAAUAUUUUAAGUACAAGAAAGUCAAGGAAGAGAAAAGCACAAAGGAAUAAGGCACCACCCCUAUCAAAGAGAGCACAAGGCGUGGUGGUUCGACUAGAAAAGAGAGCAGAAAUGGCUCCAACUGGACCAGUGGGGACUGCCGUGUGUACAGCGCUGGAUGCAGCUAUCGGUGUUGAGAGGUCGAGUGGAAAUUCGUGUGUUGAAGCGUUUGUGGCCGCAACAGCCGAGGCUGGGAGAAAGCUAGUCGAAGUGCACGAAGAGCAUCCGGUUCAAGCCGAACGCCACCUUGAAGACAUGAGGUUAUUGAUGUCGGUCGCUGUCGAUAACCUCAAGGGUGACCUGGCAGCUGGUGAAGUUAAGAUGUCGUGGAAAAUGCUCAAAAUUCUACUACAGCUUCAUGAGAUUUAUCCAGUCAAGACCAAAGGACUGCACCGGAACUGUCUGCAACUUCAGAAGUUUCUUGUUAAGGAACAUGUGGUGCCCACUGAUGUGGUAACCGAAUUUAAGGCUAAGCUGGAUAAAUUGUUCGUGGAAGUGGACGAGUGGAUACCAUUGGAUGGCCUCACCACUAGGUGGUUUGACAAGCACAUGAACCUGGUUAAUGAAUUGAUAGAAGGCCGCUUCGAGGGGUGGAACCCGCGCACCGAGCCGAUUCUUGGUAAAACAGUAUCCAACCUCGAGAGGAUAUGUGGUUUUGGGGUUAGUGAUGCGUGGAAUGACCGCUACACCUCUAUUUGCCUCGCGUGUAGCAAGAUGUCUCGCUCCACAUUCUUUUGGACAGUGGAUUUAUCGAGUGAGAGCACUACAGUUUUGAUUAGGGACAACCGACUUGAGCCUGGAUUUGGAGAUGAAGACCGAGUGAAGAAGGAUUUCGAGUAUGUGAUGAGCUACGCCCAGGAAGUACGGCGGGUAAGUGAACCUACCGAGAAGAAGAGUGCAUUUGAGGAGCUUGUCGACAGGUUACGGUGGAUAUUCAACGCUGUGGCGAUGACAAAAAAUCAAUCUUUAUUGCCACUUGCUCGACUCAAGCGACUGAAUGAGUGCUUUUGUACUCUUGUACGACUAUGUGAUAAUGGCGAUGCCCUCAACUUAGAGGGGUGCAUUCACUUGGAGAGGUUGUUGGUCGUCAUGCGCCAAGUGAUGUAUAUUCGGGUAGACUACGUAUCUGUGUCGAAACGGUAUGUGCUUGGUGAAAGUUGAUCUGAUUCGGAAAGUAGAUAUUUAGUAGUCAUCUUGUUAUUUUGUGUAUGUUCGUGCAGGGCAACAGAUUCGCUGUUGAGUCUGUUUCCGCAUGACAAGCGCACGCGGUUUGUGUACCCAGACGGAUCCGGCCAUGCUCCCUAAUGUAUGUGUUCGUUUGGUCUUGUUGAUUCGCAUCAAAAUCUACCCCCUCUACGCUCGAGUAUGCCGUCCGAUACUGCUGUAAAUCGCUGUUUGAGAUCGUAGCACACGUUGGGCAUCUUGACGGCAUAAUGGCGGAUGAAGUGUUGGCAAGUAUUGACAAAACGGUUGAACUUGCAUUGUCUGUUCUCGCUCCCUCUGAAGCCCUUAACAAAUUUUACAUUCGGCUGUGCUCAGGGGGAAGUUGAGGAAAUGGGAGACAGGCAGUUGUCAAACUAGAGUGCAUAUCGCUAACUUGGCUGGUGCAGCGAGCAACGACUCAUCGUAAACGACUGUGAAAGAGUCUCAACCAUCCCAAACACAGUGAAACUGAGUCUCCACGUCAUUGACAGUGUGCAUUACUUGGGGAUACUGCCCGAGUUCUUCGCCUUCGCUUUCUUUUUCGGUUGUCUUUCUCGUUUCAGAUCGUAUUUCGGAGC